AUGACCCGAACCUUCACUGGCAUCAGCCGUGGACGUGAGGCUGCUAAACUGCCACUAGCUGUUGAGCCUACCAAAAACAUAUCUAACAUUAUUUUUUAUCACCUUGAUCCAUCAAGUUUACGAGGUGUUAAAGCUACUCCGGUAAACUGUCAAGAUGCCAGCGGAGAGUCUCCCCUUCACCAUGCUGCCUUGAAUGGACAUAGGGAUGCUGUAGAACUGCUUCUGAAGCAUGAAGCUUCUGCUACCUUACUGGACAACAAAGGAUGUUCUCCUCUACACCUUGGAGCAUGGAACGGCAAUGCUGAGAUAUGCCAACUCUUGCUGUCGCAUGGUCCAUCAAAAGCCAGGGUCAAUGAACAGAACAAUGAGAAUGAAACAAGCCUUCAUGCAGCUUGCCAGUAUGGUCACACCAAAGCCGCAUCUGUCUUGAUAGAGCAUCGAGCAGAUCCGACUUUACGCAACAAGAUCAACGAGUCUGCUUUGGACUUGGCUGCCCAGUAUGGUCGCCUAGAGACAGUUCAACUUCUUGUUUUGAAACAUCCUGAACUGUUACAUGCACCAUUUUCCCAGCAUUCCCCACUGCACUUGGCAUCACGGAAUGGUCAUAAAGGUGUUGUUGAGACAUUGAUCAAGGCUGGAUUUGAUGUGAACACAAAGAUUGACACACUAGGAACUGCUCUUCAUGAAGCUGCCUUGUGUGGUAAACAAGAGGUUGUCAAAAUACUUUUGGAAAAUGGUAUAGAUAGUGAACUUGAGGAUUCCUCUGGAAAGACUGCUGCCGAUUUAUUACGAUCUCAUACCUCUAAAGUGUCUCAAGAUAUUGUAGCAAUAAUUGACAAUUAUGACAAAGAAAGUCAAGACGACUCUCCAAGUUUAAGAAAGGCCCCACUUGCUACAUCAGAGAGCUCUCCUGAAAGGGAGUCUGCAGUUUAUGAUGCUCUACCUCCAGUUAGAAGAGUUCUACCUGCAGAUGAGGAACCUGAGAGUCUGUAUGCAAAAGUCAAUAAGUCUCCAAACAUAGAACAAACAAAAAGUGCAGAGUCAGUUCAAGCCCCACCAAGACCAGCAAAAUUGUCUUCCUCUCCUAAAACAUUCAGAACAGGAUCACCUGAUAAACUCCCCACCAAUCGUCCUAUCACACAACCAGGGUACAUUAAUAUGGAGGGUCCCCUGCUCAGUCGGUCACCAGGUUCACCAUGCACUCCUCCAAAGCCACCUAGAAAGGGAACAUCCAGUCAGAUGGCCAUGUCCCCACCCAGGCCAGAAAGAAAUACUACAUCACCCCCAUCACAUAAUCGAGUGAUGGGUGUAACUUCUACUCCUCCGACACAAACUAAACCCACCAAUGAGGAUGUUGCUGUUGAAAAUCUUGUCAAACAAUCAAGUUUAACUCGAGUUCCUACCUUUAAACCUCCACCGCCACCUGGUGGUGGCCACAGGAAGCAUAGAUCUCCUGUAAAGGAGGUGGGAAAAUCUGGAAGAUCUCCAGAAAAGGAGAUAGGCCAAACCUCAAAAACUGUAAUCAGGAAUGAACAUGUUCAAGACUCUCCAACGGACUCUAAAGCAGAGAGAAUUGUUGUUGGUCAAUCUAAAAAGGCAAGUAGUGAUACUGAAAAAAAGACAGUGGAUAGUAGUAGUACUACUGAGCAUGUGGGUGAAGCAAUUUAUGCAGUCGAGAAAUUUACAGGGAACCAAAGUGUAGCACCUGGUAGUAUUGAAGGAGAAACAUCAAUAUAUGCAGUAGAGAAAAUUUCAAACAAUCAUCAAAAUAUUCAUGAAAUCAAGAAUGAAAUUUAUGAAAGUGUAAAUAUUGCUUCACCAGUUACCUUGUCAACAGAUAAUAAUAACAUUUUAAAAGAGAAUAAAGACAGUGUUAAAGAUGAUAAAGAGAAUGUUAAAGAACAUAAAAACACUGUUACAGAUGAUGCAGAUGGUGUUGAACAUAGCAAGAAUGCAAAUAAUGAUGCAAUUGACCUGUCCAAUUUAAGUAAGAAAGGUGUGUUUACAGAAAAGGACUCUAUUAACACUAUGCAAAGUGAUACUAAUGGUGCUAAACAUGAUAUUGAUGCAAUCAAAUCAACAAAAAUAAAAAGCAACGAUAACAAGGAUAGGAAUAGUCAAACUGUUCAAUAUGAAAAGGUGGACAUGCAGAAUGAACAAGAAAAUGGUGUUCCAAAAUCAAAUGGAACAGAUGGUAAAUCAAUAAAAAGAAAUAGUCAAACAGUUCAAUAUGAAAAAGUGGAUAUGCCGAAUGAACAAAAAAGUGAUGUUUCAGAAUCAAUUGGAACAGAUGAUAGAUUAAUUAAGAGAAGUAGUCAAACAAUUCAAUAUGAAAAGGUAGGUAACGAAGCAGAAAAAUUAGAUGUGCAUCAGAAACCAUCGGGAAGGAGGAGCCAAACUAUAGAAUAUGAAAAAGUGAAUGUAGAACAUGAAAAACAGGAAUGUGUCAGAAGUAGCCAAAGUAUUCAAUAUGAAAAGGUUGGUCUAGAACAUGAAAAAACUGAUGUAAAACGCAGUAGUCAAACCAUACAAUAUGAAAAAGUUGACCUACCAACUGAAAAUGAAACUGACAAUACAACAAAUGAGAAACAAGAUGUCAAAUUAAUGACAUCAGAAGUUAAAGUUGUACUCAGAAAAACAUCAGAUGUUGAAAAACCAUCCAGUUUGGAUUUUACUCAAAAGAGGGCCAGUAAAGAAGGGGGUCCACUGAGUCCAACUGGAUAUGUGCAGCCUCCCACCCCUGACCACCCCCCACCAUCACCACACUCUGCUGUGAUCGACAUACAGUUUACAAUCAAUCCAAAGGAAAAACGACGAUCCCGGGACAUGGAGACUAUAACUGAUUUCGAAUUUUCUCCUCAAACAUCAUCACAGACUGAAACAGACUCAGAACCUACACCAGGUGGCUCCACUGAACCUGAAGUAUCUCCUCCAGAGGGAACCACUGUAGAAAAGCGUAAAAAGAAGCAGACGGAAGAAGGAAAAGAGAAUAUUAUACCUAUUCGAGCUAGUGAAUUAAACCCAUUUUUAGAGGAUUGCAGAAGAAGUCUAAUAAAAGGCUCAACUCCAAGUGGUCAACGUAAAGUUCGCUCCCAAAUCUACGAAAAUGUCAAUGUUGUGAGUGCUGUGAGGCGACAAAAACGAAAAUCUGCUCCGAAUAUUGAUGCAUUACCAGAGCAGGAUGAGAAAGAUGCGGAAUCAGUUUCCAUAGCAACAAAAAAUAAAGGGAAUGUAGAAACUGAAGUACAGAAGAGGAAAACAUUGAUAGCUAGUAACCAAGGCAACCAGAAGGAUCCAAGUCCAAUGGAUGAGAAUGAAGAAUGGGCAAAGAUUGAGAACAUAAUGGCGUCCUUUGGUGGCGGAAUCGCUCGGGAAUCUGUUUUCAUGAGAGAACUGGAGGAAGAUUUCACUAAGCUGAUAGCAGGUGUUAAGAAGAUCCAGUCAGUUGGCGAUUGGUUAGAUGAUAUCUCAAUGGGGCAGUAUGAAAACCUGCUAGUGGCAAACGGCUUUGAUGACAUGGACUUUCUAAAUCCUAAUGUGUUGGAAUAUUGUGACUUGGUUGACAUUGGGAUCUCUAAUGAGGAACAUCGUAAACAGAUUCUCUCUGCUGCAAGUGAUCUACCAAACCUCAAACAGAUAGAUAAGGACAAUUUGCCUAGCUCAGUGGAGGAGUGGUUAGAUUCUCUGAGGCUGUCAGAGUACUGGGAAACAUUCAGAAACAUAGGAUUUGACACCAUGGAGAAAGUUAGGAAGUUAUGGGAGAUCCAGCUUACUACAGUUUUAGACAUCACCAUGAAGGGCCACCAAAAAAGAAUUUUAGCCUCUCUUGGUGAUCGACCUGAAGAGCCAUUGGUUGAUAGAUUAGAAAGUGUGGUUGAUAUAACAAGUGUGAAUUGGAAAUCUCCUGAUCCAUCAUCGAGUCAUGCUGAUAUCGACCUCUUCAAGUAUACAGAGAUUAAAUCUAGUAUAUCAAAUGACACAGAGGUCAAAGGUCAAACUCAAGGUCAACAAUGUGAAAUUUUGAAGUUUGACAAUGAUGAUCAAGAUGAUGAUUCUGUGUUUGAGAGUAAAGGAGUUCAUGAUGACAUGCUACAUAUCCGUCCCCCACACUUGGCACAUGAGAAGAGUCCAGUAAAGCAAUGGAGACACAGACCAGAGGUGCUCAUUAAGGGAUGCUGUAACUACACUUCCCAGUACCUUGGGUCUACAUUGGUGAAGGAACUUAAAGGGAUAGAGUCCACAAAGUCUUCCAUUGAGAAAAUGAAGAAGUCUACUGAUACAAUAGGAAAAGUUCCUACCAUUAUACUAUCAAUCUCAUAUAAAGGUGUCAAGUUCAUUGAUGCAAAGUCAAAGAAAGUAAUAUGCGAACAUGAGAUUGGGAACAUAUUCUGUGCUUGUCAAGAUGGAACUAGUCUGAAUUUCUUCGCAUACAUUACCAAAGACCUCCAAACGCACAAACACUACUGUCAUGUCUUCAGUGUUAAAACUACAGACUCUGCGACUGAAAUUAUAUUGACACUAGGCGAAGCUUUCGAGGUUGCAUACCAGGUGGCGCUUAAGGAGCGGGCGGAGGAAUCUGCUGCAGAACUAGGGCGUAAAUUAUCUGAAAGUAGUACAGGCUCACGGAAAAAUGUUGCAUCGUCUUCAUUUGCAUAAUCUUGCAAAGGUUGCUAUGGUGGUCAGUGAAUAAAACAAAACGCAAUGCAUUUUGGGAAUUUGAAAUGGAACCCAAAGGUGGAUGAAGUGAUAGCAAUGUACCUUUAGACAUUUAGAAACUGAAAGAAACUUCUGUUUCUCUCCUGACUCAGAGCACACAACUCGUAUCAUUCUGCAGAGUGGCAUUAAUGACAAACAUUCCUAUUUAGAAUGCAAUGUUUUAGUUAUCCAUAAUCUUUAUAAAAAUGAACACAUUGUUUAUUUUUCAUUUACACAUAAUGUCCACUUAGAGAAAAUGGUUUACACUAGGAAGGGAUUUUUGCUAGAUAUAAAUACAUCCCAGAAAGAGAUGUUCACUAGAAAGCAGUAUUCACUGUAAAGUAGUGUUUACUAGAAAGCAAUGUUCAUUAGAGAGAGGUGUUCACCAGAAAGGUGAUAACCUGAGAGGAAGUGUUCUCUGGAAUAACUGGUCUUUUUUAGAAAGUGAGCUGAGGUGUGUUUACUUAAGAGAUAUGCUCACUAGACAGAGCAAUAUGUUACUUAUAUAUUAAUACCUGAGAGGAGUUGUACUGCACAUAGUUACAUGUACAUUAAUUCAUAACUGGGUCAAUAUCAAAACUCUUGUUAGGUUUUCGACCGCAUGGCACAUCAACUCAAGCAAAAAUAUAUGUACUAUCAUAUGAAUAGCCAUUGUCCCAGUUUAAGCCAGAAUCCUUUAAUAUAAAUGUAUCAUUUCCAAUAAGGAGAUAUACUGUACUGUACUUUGAUUGGAUUUUUAGUAAACUCCUGCAGAGAGUUCUAAUUUUUUAGCUUAAUAAGAAAUCAAGUUAUCAAGUGAUAGAUUUCUGUUAUGUUACCAACAUCUAUGAAACUCAGUUAUUAGCAAAAUAAAGUCAUACAUUAAAGUGUUGAUGAAAACAUAGGGAACUCAAUUAUACAGUACAACACUCAUUAAUGGCGAUAAUGGUAACUUUCAAUUUUAUGCUUCAAUUUUAUAGCCACAAAAUUAUGGGGCCUUGGAUUGGGAAAUUAUAGACUGAAACUUUCUCAAUUUUCUUAGUGACUGAUCAAGGGGGCAUGUUUCAAUGUUGAGGUAUUUUAGAACAAAACAUUGGUCCUUCAUUGAUCUUAUUUCUGUAUAGGAAUCACGGUGAGGGGGAAAUAUUGAGCGUUUGAUGGUGGACACAGAUAUAGGUUCCCUAUGGUGUAUUUAGUUAUCACCCAGGUAGUGAGGGGAAAUGUGCAUUCAAAAUAACAUCUCUAUUCACUUUGCAUCUUGGGACUUUAUUGGGACCAUGAGAUUAGGUGGUCAGAUUUUAAAGGUCACACAUUUCCUUUGUUUUGUGUCUUGAUAGAGUGCUAUACUUUGCUUUGUUCAAAACCUUAUUUGAUUAUUCAAUGAUUUAUUCUGUGUUGAGUUUUAAUCACCCCCCCCCCCCCUCCUUCCCAACCAUUGGCCAGCUGUAUAAGAUCACAUUUCUCAAUUGAAGGUAAAACUGACCAUAUCUCACCCAUUACAACAAUUGAAUACCUAAAGUUAAUCACCAAACUAUCCAACUGGACCCCGCUUUGAUAGGUGAGCUAUAUGCACCUCUGGGCCAAAAUUUUCCGAAUUUGAAUCAAUUUCGGCAUUAUUCCGCCAAGUUCAUUCGGCCCAAAAUUGUGAAAUGAAGCUGUCGCUGGGUACAAAAAGCCAGAUAUAGUAAUUAGAGAGUAUUUACAUAGUUUGAAAUACUCUCACAAAUAAAACAUAUUUAUCAUAUGCAGUGUACUUUUCUUAACAUUUUUUUCUCAAUAAAUUUUCAAGAAUUUACGAUUUUAUUGUAUUUUUUCCAAAUUGGAUUACAUAUGUAUAGCAUUUAAGGCUAAUCCUGUAUUCUGUCUGCAAUAAAAUUUAAUCUUCGUGUAAUGUUUUAAAAGGGACUUACAGUCCAGGUGGAAUCUGGUGUAUUCUUUUAGAAAAUUUUCAUGAAAAUAUUGAAACAAAGAAUCUGUAUGAUUUAGCUAUGGUAAGAGGAAUCAAAUCUAGCAUGAUGGGAAUCCAUCCAGUUCAUGAGAAUUCUUUGUUUUAUUGACAUCAGGUAUGAUUUCAUCUGGAUUUGAAGUAGUCAAUAUUUACAUGCAGUUUUAGUUGCUUAAUUGUUCAAUUAAACAAUCUCUACUGGACUGGCUUAAAUAGAGUCUUUAGAGUUAUGUUGUCCAUGUUUUUGUUAAUGUGAAUGUAUAGUCUGUUAUGACAAAUGAGAGCAAAGCUCAAAUAUAAUUUUGAUGUGAAGGUGCAUAAUAUCAAGUGCAAAAAUGAAAAUAAAUCACAAUUUCUUAAAAUUUAUUUUGAGUCCCACUACUAAGAUAAAGUAGCAAUACAUGUAUAUUACUUUAUAUCAACCCCACAUUAGGAUCAAAAUUGUAUAAUAUUUCACACAAUCAUGAUAAUAAAGUUGUUAUAUGAAUGUGUAAAUAUUAAUUUGUGUAUAUGAACGAUAUUGUCAUCAAUGGUAUACAAUAACAAUUUAUGUAUAUGUAAAUUAAUGAUACAUUUUUAUAAAUAAAUUACUAGAGUAUUUGUCAUACAAUGAAAAACUGAAGUGGUCAUUAAUUGGAAAACGUGUCUUUAAAUUUGAUUUUUGUUUCAUUACACAAGUUGUACAUUUUGGUUGAUUUAAUUUUUUAUAAAUGUUCAAUAUUAUUAUUUUUAUUAAGGCAUUGGUGUCGGUUUAUACAACAGAUGCAGUUAUAACUUACAGGAUGUAAUCUAUGAAACAAACAUCAAUUAUUUGUAAAUUUUGUCAAUUAUUAUAUAUACAGAGAAUAUUAUAUAAAAUAAAUAUAUAUAUAAAGGCGACUUAUUUAGUCUGUUUAUUAUACUAAUUGUAAACCAAUGGCUUUCCUGGGUGUAUAUGAAGGAUUCUAUAUGUAUAUUUAUUAUUAUUUAUCAUAAAAUAAAUUUUACGCAAUAAUUGAGGAGAAACAAUAAACAUUACACAUCUACAUAAUAAAAUAAAAUUUUCUGAAUAUUUUAUGAAAAAGACUAGUCUUGGUUUGGAGAACGAAGUUCAUCAGUCUACUGCACGUUAUGCCUGCUUUGAACAAUUUUGAUAUUUUUACAUAUUUUAGAUUGAAAUGUCAUCU